AUGCCAGCAGCAGCAACAGCGAGUGAUUCAAUUGGAGGAAAUGCGGUGAUGAGUGGAUAUAAUUAUUAUUCGAUGCCAGCUUAUUAUACAACACAGACUAUGCCAGCAGCAACAGCGAGUGAUUCAAUUGGAGGAAAUGCGGUGAUGAGUGGAUAUAAUUAUUAUUCGAUGCCAGUUUAUUAUACAACAUCAGUUACACAGACUACGCCAAUGGCAGCAGCAGCAGCAGCAACAACGAGUGGUUCAAUUGGAGGAAAUGCGGCGAUGAGUGGAUAUAAUUAUUAUUCGAUGCCAGCUUAUUAUACAACAUCAGUUACACAGACUAUGCCAGCAGCAACAGCGAGUGAUUCAAUUGGAGGAAAUGCGGUGAUGAGUGGAUAUAAUUAUUAUUCGAUGCCAGCUUAUUAUACAACAUCAGUUACACAGACUACGCCAGCAGCAACAACGAGUGGUUCAAUUGGAGGAAAUGCGACGAUGAGUGGAUAUAAUUAUUAUUCGAUGCCAGUUUAUUAUACAACAUCAGUUACACAGACUACGCCAAUGGCAGCAGCAGCAGCAGCAACAAUGAGUGGUUCAAUUGGAGGAAAUGCGGCGAUGAGUGGAUAUAAUUAUUAUUCGAUGCCAGCUUAUUAUACAACACAGACUACGCCAAUGGCAGCAGCAGCAGCAGCAACAAUGAGUGGUUCAAUUGGAGGAAGUGCGGCGAUGAGUGGAUAUAAUUAUUAUUCGAUGCCAGCUUAUUAACAACAUCAGUUACACAGACGACGCUAUAUAAUCAAGCAGGAACGAUAUACGGUGCAAGUGGAAACAUUGGACAACCAAGUGGAUACGGUAUUCCGAUGUCUGGUUAUUAUCAAAUGCCGCAGGAUCGGUCCACUGUAAAUAGACAAUAUAGCUCUGGUAUGUUUUAUGGUCAACAACCAGUUGUUUAUCCAUCUGUUGCACAAGCAACUGCAUAUUCUUCAUUCCCACGAACUCAUGAACAGAUGUCAAUCUGGUCUGUUUGGAAUGAAUGGUACGGUCAGUCAAGAAGUUAUGUUUUACGCAACAAUGAUGAAUAUCCGCCUCAUCAAACAUAA